AUUGUGCGGGGGUGGCAGCGGAACCCACGUGGGCCCUGUGGGGCGGGGCCGUGGGAACGGGACACAGACAGAGCCUGGAAAGACCCCGGCCGGAGGCCCCCCAGCUCCAUGGCAGACCACGGCCCGCGCUCGCUGCUAUACGAGGGGAUCAUGCUUCCGGCCCUGGUGCACAGUACGGAGAGCCUCCGGUACGCCCAGCUCGGCUUCCAGGUGCGAGACAGCGACGUCUUCAGUGUCACCUACCCCAAAUCGGGCACCACCUGGAUGCAGGAGCUGCUGACCCUCAUCCACAGCGAUGGGGACCCCCAGCUGGCACGGUCGGUGCCCUCCUGGGAGCGGGUGCCGUGGCUGGAGCAGACCACAGCAGCCGGGUUCCUGGAGAACCGGCCCUGUCCUCGGCUCAUCUCUUCCCACCUGCCCUGCGGCCUCUUCCCCACCUCUUUCCACGGCUCCAACACCAAGGUGAUCUAUACUGUGAGGAACCCCAAGGACGUCUGCGUCUCUCUCUAUUAUUACUCUAAAAUGGCCUCGUUCCUGGAGUUCCAGGAGGAUUUUGGGGAAUUUGUGGAGCUCUUCAGUGCAGGCAAAGUGCUGUUUGGCUCCUGGUUCCAGCAUGUCAAGGGCUGGCUGGGCCUUAGGGACCGUCUCAACUUCCUCCUCCUGACCUACGAGGAAAUGCAUCAGUGUCCCGCCCUGUGCCAGGACCUGCGGGGCAGCGUGGAGCGGAUCUGCCAGUUCCUGGGCAAGCCGCUGGACGCGCGGGCGCUGGACGGGGUGGUGGAGAACGCCUCCUUCCAGGCCAUGAAGCAGAACAAGAUGUGCAACUACAGCCUGGUGCCGGAGAACAUCAUGGACCAACGGAUCAGCCCCUUCCUGAGAAAAGGGGUCCCUGGCGACUGGAAGGGGCACUUCACGGUGGCGCAGAGCCAGGCGUUUGACCGGCUCUACCGGGAGCAAAUGCAGGACGUGGGCGUCCGAUUCCCCUGGGACGAGGCCUGAGGGGUCGCCGUCCCCCUCCACCGGACAGCUACAGUCUGUAGGGACCCCUAGAUCCGUGUGUGUGGGCACUUGAAGAGUCUGCAGAGUCGGGGCUAGAACCCAGGAGUCCUGGCUCUCCCCCCCAACCCCUGCCUUGCUCUAACCACUAGACCCCACCCCCUCUCCCAGAGCGGGGGAUAGAACCCAGGAGUCCUGGAUUCUGUUCCUGGCCUCUGUCACGUUACAGCCAUUUGGGAUCAUCAGCGUGUGUGCCUCAGUUUCCCUCUCUGUGGGACGGGGCCGAACCCCCCUUCCCAGGCCCUGGAUUAAUCCUGUAGCGUGUCACUAACAAAUAACCCAGCACCAGAGUGUGCGGCUGCUGUGUGGGGAACCAGCCACCAGGGGGCGAAGCAGCUCGAGAAAUGGAGGUGGGGGGCAGGCUUUGCCUGGCGUUGGGCCCCACUUAGGGGACUAGAGUGUGGGGGGGCUGCCUUUGUGCCCCAUACAGAGGGUCUGUGCCAGGCCUUGCCAGGGGCACCCCUCCCCCCGCCCCAUGACGCCCCCCCAGGUACCCACAGAGCAUCCCACUCAGCCCCCCCCUCCCCCGACUCCUGCCUCCUCCAUCCGGGAUCAGAGCCCUGGCCCCUCCCCACCUGCCUCAGCCCCCAGCACCUGCCCACACCCCUCCCCCUCCCAGCUCUGUAAGGGGUUGCGGGGUAGCUGAGGCUCGGGGUGACAAACCCAACGUCCUUCCAGCUCCGGCAGGGGCUGCAGCCUGGAGUCCCCUUCCCCCAUCCCUGCCCCCGGAUCAGCCCCCCCCGGCCCAUCUACCCCGAUACCCCACUGUGACCCUUUCAGGGUUCUCCAGGGGUACAGGGUGAAUCAGCAGCACCAGGCCACCUUGUCUGUGCUCACCAGCGGAAACGCCCAAACCUCCCGGCCGGUGGCUACACAAGCGCCCCACUCCAGGCCCCACCAGCCUGUCCCAGCAGGGGACGCUGUGGUUUGCCUACGCCAGCCCUUAGGGUCCUGGAGUGGGUCCUUGGGGCAGAGCUAACUUGAGGCUAAAUCUAUGGAAAUAGUUACCCGCCCCCGGGUCUGCUCUGUCCCUGGGGCACCGGCCCCUCCAGCCUGUCUGUGCCCAGCCCCUCGACUGCUGGGGGCCCGCUGUGCACUCGGAUGGGCUGCCUCCGUGGGAGCCAGGCCCCGCUCUUAACCACCGUCCCCUCAGUCCAGCCCUCUGCUGAUCACCCGGCCUGGGGUCGUGUCUGCAGCAAAACCAAGAGUCAAACAGAAGCAAAUGUAAGGCUUGGAAGCAGACACAAGAAAAAUAUAAACCGUGGGGUAAGGUCUGUGCUUAUUCCUAGUUAAUAAGCAGGGUAGGGUCUGCGCUUAUUCCCAGUUAAUAAGCAGGGUAGGGUUUGCACUUAUUCCCAGUUACACUGGCUAUAACCCAUAGUUAUUACCAGUUAAUAAACAGUCCUGAAGCUGUAGUAAUUACCAGGUAAUAAACUGGCUAGAGUCAUAAACACA